AUGGAGAAGCUCGAGAACAUCGACACAGUCGAACAGUUAGAAGCGGAGUCCGCUUUGCGGUCCAUGGAGAGAGAGUCUGAGUUGGCUCUAAGUGAGCUUGCUCGUGACGAACGCAUGGACCAUAUUCGUGUGCAUAUUGAGAAGGUUACCCAUGCACUAAGAAAAUCUCAUAAUAAUGAGAAUAGGCUCAUGGCCCGCUGCAAGCAGCUAAAUGCAAAGAUUGCAUCCAUAUCUGCUAAGGCUCAUACUGAUAACAGGCGGGCCGAGUUAACUCAGACAGAACUUAAAUCUGUGAAGGGGGACCUGGAUAAGACCUGGAAGAAGUUGUAUGAUACUGAAGAUCUAGCAGAGAGCCGCAGGACGGUCAUUCUUGAGUUGGAAGAAAAACUCACAAGCCAAGCUAAAAUGCAUGAAGAUCAAGCCAGUAUUUCAACAUCCCUUACACAUAAAACGUUGACAAAGGUGACCAGUGAGAGGGAUGAACUGUAUGUAAAAGUACAUACUCUGGAGGAGAACCUCUUGGCUGCAAAGGCAGAGAUGCAGUCCCAGAGAGAGACUGAUGGGAAGAAAAUUAUUAAACUACAGCAAGAAUGCCAGGCUGCCUGGGACUCAAUUAAGAACUCACAGCAACCAAUGGAAAUCAACACGCUAAAGAGGGAGGUAAAACGACUGCACUCUGAUUUGGAAGCUAGCAAGAUGGGAGCCGAGGCCCAGAUCCUGGAGUGUCAAUCAGCCAAAGAGUCUCAGCAGAAAACAGAGCAGGAGCUUAACAAGAAGAAGCUCCUAAUUGACCAAAUUAUCCAGCAGCUGGGGCAGGAACAACUGAAUCACACUAAGCUGCAGAAGGAGAGCAAGCAGCUCUCCCAGGCCCACAAAAAGCUGUCCUCAGAAAACCAGGAGAUUACCAAGGAGCUCGAGACGAAAAAAGACCGCAUUAAAAAGAUGCGUCUGGAACUUAAAACGCUAAACAAGAAAAACAUGGACAUUCAGAAACAACUCCACCAGAUGAAGAAUGAACAGGAGAAUAUAACAAACUUAAAGGCAAAAAUAAAAACACUGGAAGUCAAACUUGAGGCUUCUCAUAUUGAAGAGGAGACUGGCAGAAAGUCCUUAGAUGCGGUGAUCAAAGAGAAAGACAGUCUGACAAGGCACAUCAUCAAAGUUGAGCAAGAGAAUGAAGAGCAGGAAAGCCUUAUCAAGCUCCAGAAGCAAGAAAAGAGCAGCAUGGAGCAGCAAAUCCACAAAUACCACCAGCAGGCUAAAAGCCAAGAAGAGACCAUCAAACAGCUGGAGAAUGACUGUGCCUGCUAUGUCAAUGAAAAGAACAGCCUCAAGAAGCAGAUGCAGCUACUUCAAAACAAGCUUGCCUCAACAGGUGUCGACAUCACUGUCCUAAAGGAUAGAAUCACUGGAAGAGAGAAUGAGACACAGAAAUGUGAGAAAGAAUUUCUUUCAGUCAAUUUGGCGAACCUUGAAUUACAAAAAGAUUUGGCAGAGCGUAAUGAGAGGAUCAAAACGAUGACGUUGGAGUUAGAGUCAAAGGACAAGUGCCUCGCGAAUCUGUGGCACAGAGAUGAUCAGUGGAUGUCGGCCCCAGACGAGGCUGAGGAGAAAUGCUUGGAAUUGACCGAAGAGAAUACAAAACUCAAGAAGGAGCUCUGUCUUCUGAGAAAGAAAAUAGAACAAUUAAACAAGGACAUCAUUAGCCACAAGACAAAUGAGCAAAUACUGCACAAGAUCAAUGUGGAUGAUGAUGCUGAAAAGGCCCAACUACAGAAAAAAGUGGACCAGAUAAGCAGGGAGCGGUACCUCCUGGGUAAACAGCUUCUGCACCGCAAUGAUGAGCGGACGCUGCUGCACCAGAAGGUAAAGAUCUUGCAAUCACUGUUGACCAAAGGGCAGAAUCACUAUAAUCAGCGUGUGGAUGAGAUCCUCCUGCUCAAGAUGGAGAUCAAGAGGCUCUACGGUGAAACAAGCAAAAGUUCACGUGAUAUAAGUAACCUGAAGGCAAACCUCCUGGAGACACAGAAACUGCUGUUCUACGAGAGGAAACAGGCCCCCUACUUAAGAAAAAUGAAUGAUCUACCCGUUGCCUUGAUGCACCAGUGGAGGUUGGACGCCAGCAAAUUCAAGCUGGUCCAAAAGAUUCGGUUGCUACAGAAACAGCUGAUCACCAAAACCCAAGAGGUGGCGGACCUCAUGCUGUCAUUACAGGAGAAAGAAAAGAGCUAUGAGGAGCUGGAGAAGAAAAUGGCACGGAGGCCGGGUCCGGAGGUUGCUAUGCAGCUCCAGCAGAGCAAGUGGAAGAUCAGAGACUUGGAAGAAAAGUGCAAGGCACUAACAGCACAGGUGAGAAUGUACUACUCUGACAGAGAAAAACACAAAGUAGAAACCUUUAAGUUGAUCAACGAGCGUGACAACAUGAAGAGGAAUUACUUUGCUGAGAAACAGUGCAACAGGGUACAGUUGGCCAAAGCCAAGGACCAGCUGCCGCCUCUCAAGUUGCCCAUGAUCAACAACAAACCACGCUUCACUGGAGGAGGAUUCAAGGUCAGCAGCCCCUCAAGACCCAACCCAAACAGCAAAGACUUGCCCACACUUUUCCCUGUCAAUGUCAAAUCACUAACAAGAACCUGA